GAGAUCAUCACAGCCAGUCCAGCUCUUUUUGUUUCCUACUUGAUCAGCACCUAUUCGACACUCGAGUGUAUCCUUUGUCUCGUCUUUUGCCUGCGUUCUGCAACCAACAUGCCCGGCACCCAUCUUCUCCCCCCAAACUUGCUCAAGCUCUUUGCACCACGUCCCCCACUCCCGUAUACCCGGCCGCUCGACCGGGAUAUUGACCGUGUUAGGCCUAAAAAUGUUGAUGGUGCUGGCCAGCUUCUCGCUCGGCUUCGAGAAGAAAAGACACAAGGAAUGAUGAACUCCGGUGAAGGCGAAGGCAUGGAAGAGGGCGAAGAACCCAACUUCACGCACGCCGAAGAGACCAAACGUCAGAUGCGGAGAGAAGAGAGGAAGAAGAAGAAAACUGAGGAGUUCCGGAUAGCUAAGGAAUCCUACAAGCCUGCCGAUGACCCUGAGGCCGUCGGGGACCCCUACAAGACACUGUUCAUUGCUCGUUUGCAUAAAAGCGCGACCGAGGGCGACUUACGUCGUGAAUUCGAGGGUUUUGGUAGUAUCGAACGGGUGAGAAUCGUCCGCGACAAGAACGGGCGCAGCCAGGGCUAUGCAUUCAUCGUUUUCGAACGCGAACGUGAUAUGAAAGCUGCUUACAAGGAAUCCGACCGGCUCCACAUCAUGGGCAAGCGAGUUCUUGUCGACGUCGAGCGAGGACGCACGGUACGAGGAUGGAAACCUCGACGCUUGGGUGGUGGUCUCGGCGGUCGCCCGAAGCCUGAGCCAGCACCAGCAUACAUAGCAGGUAGAGGCGGCUUCCGCGGUGGCUUCCGCGGUGGGGACCGUGGUGGGGAUGGUGGGGACCGUGGUGGCUUCCGAGGUGGGGACCGUGGUAGCUUCCGCGGUGGGAGGGGUGGCUUCCGAGGUGGAGGCGGAGGUUAUGGUGGAGGAUUCCGCGGUAGAGAUGACUAUGGCGGCGGGGGUGGGAGGGGAGGUCAUGGUGGGGGUGGAUUCCGCGGCGGCCGUGGUGGUGGAGGCAUCGGCUACCAAAGCGGUGGCUUUGGUGACCAUGGACCGAACGGAUAUGGAGGACCGGGUGGCAACCCCAGCGGGCCAGGCGGCUAUGGGCCUCCAAGUGGCGGCUACGGUGGAGGACCUAGUGGACCUGGUGGGCCCGGUGGGUAUGGCCCACCUGGCGGGGGAUACGAUGGUGGUGGGUAUCGCGGAGACCUUAAGCGCGACAGUGGCCCUGGUGGGUAUGAUGACCGUGAAGCGAAACGCCCUCGGUUUUAGCCGGCGACGUCUGGAUGCGCAAAGCCAGCCUCGCAAGUUUGACUCGCCUUUGUCGUCCGAUGAGUGUAUGAUCUGCUCGGUCUACUUCUCACAUCCUUCUUUGUAUCCGCUACACGCGUAAGUAUUACCUUACACCUGUAUGUUCAAGACUGCUGUGUCACUCGAAGGCAAGUAUAUGUUAUGGUCAUUUAUGCCAUGCUUCCAAGCGUAGUACUCUUUGGGCGUUGUAUAUUUCGUGCACAAUGCUCAUCAGUGCACUUAA